AUGAACCCAGAAGGGUGUCAAUACGAUCCAUUAUACGGCUACACACAACCACAAGCACGAAUAACGGCAGCGCCGGAUAUAACGACUUUAACACCUUUUGCACCUCAAGCAACUCCUCUUGGAGAAUAUUCAUCCGCGCAUGCCCUUUCUACUUAUGAUCCGUAUAGAUAUCCGUCCUAUUACCCAUCAUACGGCCCCACUACUGGUUCCACAUCUUUCUAUACCACAGAUUUAACAUCGUUUUCGACAAAUCGGGGCAAUGCGGACUUCUCGAAAUCAGUUCGAUCUGACCCUGGAAUUACCAAAGAUAUUAAGCAGGAACAGGAUGCUAAAGAACAUGCAGUAGAACUAAUUUCGGCAGCAGGUGGUUCAACCAGCGAUAUCCCAGAAUCACAUGCGGAGUUAAUUCAGACAAAUGCGGAUGUCGCUAAUACUUCAACCGUUGUGCAACAACAUGCUGAACCCACACAGGUACCGCGGAGAUUGGACAGAAGGAAAGCAGCAACAAUGCGCGAAAGGCGGCGAUUGCGCAAAGUAAAUGAAGCAUUUGAAGUAGUAAAACAAAGGACAUGUCCUAAUCCCAAUCAAAGAUUACCAAAGGUAGAAAUCUUGAGAAGUGCAAUUGAAUAUAUCACAAAGCUAGAAAAUAUGCUACAAAGUCAAGGAAAAAUGACAAAAAUCAUGGCUGCAAAUCAAGGAAUUCACUUGCCAGAUAACGAUGGCCAGGAUUAUGUCUCUGUACAUAAUGCAUCCAGCAACGGUUCAGCUGCAACUUAUUAUGAUAACAAGAUGGGAACAUUUACGGAAGAGAAUGAAGAUUUCGGAAGUGUAAGCACUGGCGAAAGUUCUCAUGAAGCAAGGAAAACAUCGGGCAAGAAAAGUUCUUUAGAGCGGCUAUCACGUAUCGUUGACAGUAUUGCAGCUGAUGAGGAUGAGGGAGGAUUAGAAGGUUCGGGGAGUGAACCUUCUGUUACUUGA